AUGGCGGAGCAGCCAUCUUCUUGUCGUUGCCCUCGUCACGUAUCGUCGAAAGUACACGCGAAACCGCGAGCAAAAGGAACGACACGGAAGCGUGAAUACGAUUCUACCGGACGGACCAGCGAAUUCUCUCGAGCUGAGAAUUUUGGCUUGGCCCGGGCUCUCGCCCGGUCACGGCUUCGUGAGCCCGCUCCGACUUUUUCCACUCUUCCUCCCGAACGCGAUUGUUUCGUUGCAUCCUGCCGUCUUGCACUCUCCCACAAGAGUUUGGGAACGGAACGAGUCUUCGUACUUUUCGGCGAUUCCUAUCUACGAGUCGAACGGAUAAGGCGCGAACAACGCCUUAGCAGGACAACUCCUCGUCCUACCAAAAAUCAGAUAGAUAAUAAUACUCAUUCACGUCAACGAAGACGCAAGAAAUCUUACCUACCGUACGAUGACCUUCCGAACGGGAUACGUCCGGGGUCCAUGUCCUUUCCAAUUUCGUCAAUCGAGUCCUUAUGGUCACGACGAAUUGGUCAGUCAGAACUGUUGAGAAAAUUCGUUUUACGAAUAUGCGGAGGUUUUUAUGAAAAAGGACGAGGACAAAAGCAGGCAGCGAUUGCAGCAACAGUAGCAACAACAGCAACCAGUAGUCGUCACUACUACUACUACCAAACGAGAUCGCAAUAUAUGUGUCAGGCGUUUCGGUUGAUCCGUCUCGCUUCGGGGAAUAUUGCGUUCCGAUUGGCCGUACCGCCGGAAAUCGCGGAUGAUAAAUAUUAAUUAUUUUUGUUUAC